CUCCAUUCUCUGUUUUUAAUGCUUCAUUAUUACUUCAGAAUUUGGAGGGGGGUUUUUUCCUCCUAGAAAUCUUCUAGGAAAAAAUAUUUAUGGAUGGGGCACUGUAGGAGAAGGAUGGAAAUUAGAAGCCCUUAGCAUCACAACCUAGGGAAUGCCGAGUGAAAUGAGAGUGAUUCCUGAAACAAGCUGAUGUCUCCAAUAACUGAAAAGAAGGAAAGAACUUUCAAAAAGUAGACAAGAAGAGAGAGGUUGCUACAGGUUCUGCCAGGAAGUCGCUGCUGAGCUCCAGGAAACCCCGGUGCUAGGGGAGUGCCACGGCAGGGCCGUUCCUCUCCACCCUCCAAUUCCCACCAGAGGCUUCUCUCAUGACUAUUGGACGCUGCUCCUUUAAAAGCAGCCACUCCUCCCAGCAUCUGGGGUGAGAUGGAGGGAAGCUGACAGACGUCUCCCAGCAACUAGGGAAGAUGGCCCAGGGUGGAGGAGUUGCUCCCAAGUCCUACAGUCCCCUUCCCUGAGUCAGGGGGGACGGGGGGAAUCUUCCCACCCCAAGCGCGACACGACAUGGCUCCGUGGCCUCUCAAGAACGGCUCUCUGGCUUUGUGGCCAGACGUUCCCACCUUGGACCCCAGUGCAGCCAACGCGAGUGGGUUCCCAGGGGUGCCCUGGGCAGCGGCAUUGGCUGGGGCGUUGCUGGCGCUGGCCACAGUGGGAGGCAACCUGUUGGUAAUCAUAGCCAUCGCCCGCACGCCGAGACUCCAGAUCAUAACCAACGUCUUCGUGACUUCGCUGGCCACAGCUGACCUGGUAGUGGGCCUCCUGGUAAUGCCACCAGGAGCCACGCUGGCGCUGACUGGUCACUGGCCCUUGGGCGCAACUGGCUGCGAGCUGUGGACUUCAGUGGAUGUGCUCUGCGUAACCGCCAGCAUCGAGACCCUGUGCGCCCUGGCUGUGGACCGCUACCUGGCUGUCACCAACCCUCUGCGUUAUGGCUCGCUGGUUACCAAGCGCCGCGCCCGGGCGGCCGUGGUCCUGGUGUGGAUCGUGUCCGCCGCCGUGUCCUUUGCACCCAUCAUGAGCCAGUGGUGGCGGGUAGGGGCGGACGCCGAGGCACAGGAGUGCCACUCCAACCCGCGCUGCUGUUCCUUCGCCUCCAACAUGCCCUACGCGCUGCUCUCCUCCUCCGUCUCCUUCUACCUUCCGCUCCUCGUGAUGCUCUUCGUCUAUGCCCGAGUGUUCGUGGUGGCUAAGCGCCAACGGCGUUUGCUGCGCCGGGAGCUGGGCCGCUUCCCACCCGAGGAGUCUCCACGGUCUCCGUCGCGCUCUCCAUCCCCUGUCGCGGGCGGGACAGGCGAGGCCCCGGAUGGAGUGCCCUCCUGCGGCCGGCGGCCGGCGCGCCUCCUGCCGCUCCGGGAACACCGCGCCCUGCGCACUUUAGGUCUCAUUAUGGGCAUCUUCUCUCUGUGCUGGCUGCCCUUCUUCCUGGCCAACGUGCUGCGCGCUCUCGCGGGGCCCUCUAUAGUUCCCAACGGGGUUUUUAUCGCCCUGAACUGGCUGGGCUACGCCAACUCCGCUUUCAACCCUCUCAUCUACUGCCGCAGCCCGGACUUUCGCGACGCCUUCAGGCGUCUUUUGUGCAGCUGCGGUGGCCGCGGGCGGGAGGAGCCGCGCGCUGUCACCUUCCCAACCAGCCCCGCUGAGUCCAGGCAGAGCCCUCCGCUCAACAGGUUUGGUGGCUACGAAGGUGAGCGUCCGUUUCCCACAUGAAGGACCGUGAAGAUCAAGCAAGGAAGCUCCAGAAAAGCAAGAAACGACUCUACGGAUGCAGAAUUUCUGUAAAGGCCCUGAUUUCUGCUCAGAGUGAAUCCCCGAAACCUCAGCUCUCCAGAGAUUGCUGACUAGACCAGGAGAUGUGAAAGGGAACUCUUACCAAAAGGGUUUCACCAUCCUCUCUUUCCGAGAGAGGGUGUCUAAGACCCACCUCGAACUUCACCACUACCUCAGCCUCUGGGGUGUCAGGCCACCUGUGCCUGGCAGCCCCGGGAGCAGCCCGAUGGCCUUGGAGGGGUCCCCAUCACCCCGCUUGUGUAUGUGCUGUGUGUAUAGGACAAAGAAAGAACUCUACCUACCUCCCCACCUCCUACUUUCCUGACCCCGAUGUGAUAAUCCAGGCUCUGUGUCUCUGCUUAGUUUGAGGGCAAGAAGCCAGGAAAAAAACAACAAAGUUUAAGGUUCUGUCCCUGGCUCCUCAUUAUGGCUCUCCAAGCACCACCUCUCACAUUAGGCACAAAGCAGCUCUGAUCUACCUCAC